AUGGAAGAUAUCAUUCUUACCCACGCUCAGCGUACCCCCAACGCCCUGGCCGUUCUCGACGAAUCCAAGUCAUUGACUUACGCUGAGCUUGUCAGUGAAUCAAGCUACCUAGCGCACUCACUUCUUGAAAACAAUACCAAGUCCCCCGUAGAAGAGCCUAUCGGAAUUUUACUCGGCCCUGGUAUCGAACAAGUCGUGGCUCAGCUCGCAGUACGCUUUGCCAGUGGAACAUGCGUUCCAAUGGAGCCUUCGCCCUCUUUACCAGAGGAGCGUAUGUUUGAUAUGCUUCAGGAUGUCGAAGUUGAACGCUUGAUCGUUGACGUCAACAAUACCACCGAGAUAUGGCGUCAAUCGCUGAUUGAUUCGGGAUUCAAGCUGAUCCCCAUCUCUCUUGGUUCGGACGGACCAUCGGUGGCUGUGGAAGAGCUCCUGCAGCAGGACCCCCCUCCAGACCGGAGUCACAUCCUUUUUACUUCAGGCUCGACGGGCAAGCCAAAAGCAGUGCAGAUCCGAGCAUCGGGGAUUAUGCACCUGGCAACCCGGACACCUAUGACUCCACUGGAACAGACUGACCGGGUUACCGAGUUCAACAAUCCUGGCUUUGAUCUCAGUUUGUUUGAAAUAUGGGCAACUCUCAUCGCCGGUGCUACGAUCGUGACUGUUCCCCGACAUAUCGCGACAGACCCGAAAGCCUUCCACCGUUUUCUGAGAGAUAACCACAUAACUGUUACUAUUCUGAUGGCCGCAUUAUUUGAAGUCACGGCGUUCGCAUCCCCGGAUACUUACCGGUCUCUCCGUCAUGUGCUUACUGCUGGUGAUGUAGCAAAUGUGCAAGCAAUGAGGAGAGUUCUAGAGAGUGACGGCCCCCCACAACAUCUGUGGAAUACUUACGGCCCAACGGAGUGUACUACUCUGGCCACUAUGUAUGAAGUAACCGCGCCAGAGACAAGAGGAGAUCGAAUCAGCAUUGGCCGAGCUGUGGGCGACAUGGAGGUCUACCUACUUGAGGAGGAUCGUGCCAUCUACGAGCCAGGAAAGCAGGGCGAAAUCUGCAUUGCAGGACCGCAGCAGUCGCUCGGAUAUUGGAAGCGAGAGAAAGAAAACAUGACAUCCUUCGUCGAUUUUCCUCGAGAACAUCUGAUCAACCCGCGGUCCUCAAAGGGGCUGGAUAAGGAUCAGAGCGGCACUGUACGACUUUAUCGAACAGGUGACCUAGCCGAAUGGCGAUCUGACUCCGGUAUUCUUGACUUCAUCGGCCGCAAGGAUAAUCAGGUCAAACACAAUGGGUUUAGGAUUGAGUUGGGCGAAAUCGAGCGCAUUAUCCAGUUGGUUGAUGGGAUCAAAGGUGCCGCUGUCAUUCAGCAGCCGCCUCUCUCUACAAAGGGCGCAGAGGCACUGGUAGCUUUUGUUGUGGUAGAUGGUACAUCGCCUUCCCCAAGCGAAGAGGACCUUUUUGGCUUGAUGAGAGAACGGCUGUCAGCCUACAUGGUCCCAAACACUCUGGAAUUCGUCAGCAAGCUCCCACUCACCGCGACAGGUAAAGUGAACUACAAACAGCUGCUUCAGCAACAGCUUCAGUCACUCAAAGAAGAGACCGGCAACCAAUCCCACACUGCUACAAGCAAGUUGAAUCCGAAAGAAUGGGGGUCAGAUGAGAAUGAACGUAUCAAGGCAGAGAUUCGGAAGAUCUGGACUGAAAUGUUAAACAAGCCACACAUCCAAGACGAAGAUGACUUCUUUGCCCUCGGCGGAACCUCACUCCAGGCCGCGGCGCUGAUCGGCCACAUCCAAAGAAUUUUAGACUGUAUUAUUACGAUGGAAAAGCUCAACCGGAACUCCCGACUCUCAGACCUGUGUGAUGUGAUUACUUCCAAAACCGAAGCCGCAGAAAGUCACAGGCGUCAGAACGCCCCCGACGACAGCAAAGUCUGGAUUGGCGAUAUCGACCUCGUUGAUGACAUUGAAAUGGUGCCGCAGUGGGAUGCUCCAGAUGAAGGAAGGGUGUUACUUACGGGGGCCACAGGCUUUGUGGGCGGACGUGUCUUGCACGAUCUAAUGAUCCGUCCCACGGUCAAGCAGAUCGCAUGCUUGGUUCGUGGUCAAGAAGGAGUGUCUGCAGCGAUGCGUGUGCAACGUUCUCUUGAGAAAUAUGACUUGUGGCCUGACUCAGUAGAGGCGCGGGAGAAGUUGAUGUUUGUUGAAGGUGAUUUCUCUGACCGGACCCUUGGUGUUGGGAAGGAGAAGUUCGAUUGGUUUGCGAACUGGACGUCCGUUAUCUUUCAUCUCGGAGCAAAGAUCAACUUCUGCGAAUCAUAUCGCGAACACCGUUCAUCCAACGUCCUCGGUACCUGCAAUAUGCUCCGGCUGGCUGCCGCUGGUCGCCGGAAGGGGUUCCACUAUAUGUCCACAAUCGAUGUAUGGGGUACAACGGGGUAUACGCUUGGAACGGAAGCCGUGGAAGAAGACGGGCCGCUGCUUCCCCAUGUUCAGGGUGUCCGCUUUGAUUUAGGCUACUCGCAAAGCCAGUGGACCGCAGAGUCUAUGGUGCGACGCAUGCGAGACCGCGGAUUACCAAUUAUAAUUUACAGACCUGGAUUUGUGAUCGGAGACCCAGAUACAGGUUGUAGUAAUCCAUCAGACUUUAUGUCACGACUUCUGGUAGGAUGCAUUCAGAUGGGGACGUGGCCUAGCCUGGUUCAACGACUGGAAUAUGUGACGCUUGACUAUGUGGUCAACGCGAUGCUUCAUAUCGCUGCGGAUAAAGCUAAUCUCGGUCGUUCGUAUUGCCUUGUUUCGCCAGAUCAAGCUCAUUCAGUCACGGUUGAAGAUACCUGUCGAGUGCUCAACGAUGCUGGGUAUCCGGUGCGCCUAGUAGACUAUGAUGACUGGGUGGCGCAGGUUGCUGAAGAGCAAGAGCCAGAUGGACCAUUGGCACCGCUGAUGCCAAUGUUCCGGGAGCCAGUUCGGGGGCCACUCACACGCUGGACAGCCAGCCAAUAUACCCCGUGGUAUCGAGCGGAUCAAGCUGUCGAGGCUCUGCGAGGUCGACCGGAUAUUGCAUAUCGUUCACUAGAUGGGAAUAUGGUACGGCAGUUUGUCAAGUUUUGGAAUCGAAAGGGUUUCUACAACGUACCUGUCAUGGAUUGA